AGCCAGACAGGCAGCCGGGCAGCAGGCCAGACCAGACCAGACCCCCAGAACAGAAACCCAGACCGAGACCGAAACCGAAACCGAGCCCGGGCCCAACAGUUUAGCGACGGCAACGGCAGGUGCCAUUUGAAGUGUGCGGACGGUAGAAUGGUUUUUUCGGAUGCGAACGAAAGCAUCGGCGCUUUCAUUUCCAAUUUUCUAUAAGAGGGAAAUCCGCGUUUAUAUUGCCCCCCGACGGUGACGGCAACAGAGCGAUGAGUGCGUGCGGCGGCAAUGUUCGCGACGGUUCGGGUUUGUAUUCCACCGCCCCCGCUUUCAAAUUCGAUGUCAUGCCAAAGAUAACGACAGCGGCGUCGGCAGCGACGUCGACUGCGGCGCGGGCAACGGUUAACGUGGAAAAUAAAUUCGAAGCGGCAGAGCCAACGGCUUUUAGUUUUCGAACAGCGGCGGCGGAGCAUACAACACAUCAGCGAUCCGAGAAGAUCGACAGCAGCACCAGCAGCAGCAACCACGAAGAAAAAACACCCACAACAACAACAACAACAACUGGAGCAGCAGCAGCAGCAAAAGAAAGCGAGCCGAGAACCAGAAUUGCAGCCACAUCCAAAGAGAGGCAUAAAAGUAGCGAAGAAACCGCCGUUAUCGCUCCAUGUGAACAGCGUCUGCAGCGUCUGGCCAGGCACAAGGCUCAACUCCGUGCCGCCUUCUUCAAGGACAUUAUCAGCCAUCCAGCAGCGGAGCCCAACAGCAAAAGUCCAACCGAAGCUGGAGGAGCCUUAAUCACAAGAGAGACGAACACCGGCAGAACGAAGGAACAAGUGAAGCCCGUCCAGCUGUUGAUACACAAAUUCCAGGCCAUGAUUGUGCAGCAGGAGCAGCAGGCGGAGCGCGAGCGGGAGCUGAAGGCAGCCGCUGCCACGGGCGGAACGGCCACAAGUGCCGCCAACUCGGAUGAGGGCUGCAAUGUUACCGGGGGCGGCCUAAGUCCCUACAGCAGCGACAACGAGGACACCACAGUGGGCGCCACCGCGCGCUCAAGGAAGGGCAAGGUAACGCGCUGCGCCAGCAGCGAUUCCGCCUUGGGCCUGGAAGUGGACGAUGCCCACGUAGAGGUCGUGACGAUUCCGCCCCAACGUCGCAUGACCCUGACCGUCACCGAUCUGCCGCUGCGUCCGGCCCUGUUGCCUCUGGCCGAGCCCACCGCCCUGCCCGACUCGUCGCCCCUCACCUCGCCCACUGGCACGGGGGGACUGGUCGGCGCCGUUGGUGUGCCCACCAAGGUGCUGCUGGAGGAGCGCCUGGUGGCCGCACUGGCUGCUCCGCCCGGCUCCAGGCGGGAGUCCACCCAGAGCUGCUUCAGCGAGCUGGGGGCCGGGGUGCGCUACGUGCGCACACCCUCGGUGGUGGUGUCCGACUACUCGGACGACAUCACCGCCUGUGGCAUCAGCAUGGAGGAGAUGGAGUACUUUCGGCUGCAACGGGCCCGCGGGCAGCGCCGCUGCUCGCUGGAAGCGGGAGCAGCCUCGGCCGGCUACAUGGGCCAAGGAUGUGCCAAGGACGAAGGCCAGUCGGAUGUCAGUGCCGCGAGCAGCUGCAGCAAUCUCUACUACUGCGGCUCCACAAUAUCCGCUCUGGACGGCGGCGAGUGCAUUGUGAACGGCGUCCGUGUGGCCCUGGCCAGGAAGUCAAGUCGCAGUCAUAGCACCAGUGGGGAGGAGGACGAAGAUGAGGAGGAAGUAGAGGUGGAUGUGGACGUGGAGGUGGAGGAGGAGGACGAGCCGGUGAUUGAGGAUCUCGAGCUGGAGGAGGAACACAAGCAGCAGCAUCAGCAGUUGCAGGUGCGAGCGGAACAGAAGGAUCAGCAGCAGCAGCAGCAGGAGCAGCCCCAGAGGGAUCGUGUUAGGGAGAGGGCGACAGAGACAGAGGAAGAUUCGCAUCGUCUGCUCAGCGAGCUGCUGGCUGCCACGCUGCUGAGAGAUGGCACCAAGAAGGUAUGUUGCAAGUUACGCUUAAUUAAUAGGGAUUGGAUUUCGUUCCGGGAACAUACGAAUCAAAAGAGAGAGAACAAAGAGAGCGAGAGAGCGAUAGAGAGAUAGAGAGUGGGCACUAAACGAAAGACUUAGGCAAAGAACUCAAGUGGCAAGUGUCGGCGAAGGUGGACGUAAAGGAGGAGCAGGAGCAGGAGCAGCAACAGAAGACAUGGCACUGU